GCCGAGCGCCGCCGUCGGCCGCGGCUGGAUGUGGGCUCUGCGGCUGCUGUGCAGCUCAGCAGCUGACGCCAUGUGGACCCUGGGACCGGCCCGUGACCAGCGAGGUGGAGAGGAGCGCGAUGAAGACGAGGCUACCGAUGUGGCGGGUCAGCUGCGAGAGGAGGAGCUGAGACAUCUUAGAGAGGAGGAGCGGAGACAUCUCAGGGAGGAGGAGCGGAGGCACCUCAGGGAGGAGGAGCUGCGCCACCUGAGAGAGGGAGAGCUGCAGCAGCUCCGGCGGCCACCUCGAGUGCACAGCAAUAUGUCUGGAGGAGAGGCCAACUUUCCAGCCCAGUUGGGGCAUAGCAAGUCUUUGCCAGUCAUGGGACAUCAGAAGCUGAAUUUUGUGGUGGCAACACCAGAAGAACUUGUCAAGCGGCUGGGAGGAACCCGUCCAAUCAACAGGAUCCUGAUUGCCAACAAUGGGAUCGCCGCUGUCAAGUGCAUGCGCUCCAUCCGCCGCUGGGCGUACGAGAUUUUCCGUAACGACAAGGUGAUCCGAUUCGUCGCCAUGGUAACGCCCGAGGACAUGAAAGCGAACGCCGAGUACAUCCGCAUGGCGGACCACUACGUGCCCGUUCCGGGCGGCACUAACAACAACAACUACGCCAACGUCGAACUCAUCGUGGACAUCGCCAAGCGGAUGUCGGUGCAGGCAGUGUGGGCCGGCUGGGGGCACGCCUCUGAGAACCCCAAGCUGCCAGAGCUGCUGCACAAGAGCAACAUUGUGUUCAUCGGUCCGCCGGAGAAGGCCAUGUGGGCACUGGGUGAUAAGAUCGCCUCCAGCAUCGUGGCGCAGACGGCCGACAUCCCCACCAUGCCCUGGUCGGGAUCAGGUCUGAAGGCGCAGUACAAUGAGAAGGACGGCGGCAGCCACGGCUCACUGCGCAUCUCCUCGGAGCUCUACAAGGCCGGCUGCGUGUCCAGCGAGGAGCAGGGCUUGGAGGCGGCGCGACGCAUCGGCUUCCCGGUGAUGAUCAAAGCAUCCGAGGGCGGCGGCGGCAAGGGCAUCCGUAAGGUGGAGUCCGAGGACCAGUUCUUCAACCAGUACAGACAGGUGCGUGCCGAGGUGCCCGGCUCGCCCAUCUUCGUGAUGAAGAUGGCCACCCAGGCGCGCCACCUGGAGGUUCAGCUGCUGGCCGACCAGUACGGUACGGCCAUCUCCCUGUUCGGCCGCGACUGCUCCAUCCAGCGGCGGCACCAAAAGAUCAUCGAGGAGGCGCCGUGCGUCAUCGCCAGCCCAGAGGUGUUCGAACAGAUGGAGAAGGCGGCCGUCCGUCUGGCCAAGAUGGUGGGCUACGUGAGCGCCGGCACCGUGGAGUACCUGUAUGACGAGCACGGCGACUUUUACUUCCUGGAGCUGAACCCGCGCCUACAGGUGGAGCACCCGUGUACCGAGAUGAUCAGUGACGUCAACCUGCCAGCCGCCCAGCUGCAGAUCGCCAUGGGCAUCCCGAUGCGGCGUAUCAAGUGCAUCCGUCUGCUGUGGGGCGAAUCUCCCUGGGGCGACUCGGCCAUCGACUUUAACGACACGUCCAAACGGAAACGGCCCGUCGGACACGUGAUCGCCGCUCGCAUCACCAGCGAGAACCCGGACGAAGGUUUCAAGCCGAGCUCUGGCACGGUGGAGGAGCUGACGUUCCGGAGCAGCACCAAUGUCUGGGGCUACUUCAGCGUGGCCGCCUCCGGAGGACUGCACGAGUUCGCCGACUCUCAGUUCGGACACUGCUUCUCGCGCGGCGACAACCGAGAGGAGGCCAGAGAGAACCUGGUGAUAGCUCUGAAGGAGCUGACGAUCAGGGCAGAGUUUCGCAGUACCGUGGAGAUUCUCAUCACGCUGCUGCACACUGACACAUUCCAGAACAACACGAUCAGCACGGCGUGGCUGGACCGUCUGAUCGCCGACCGGAUGCAGGCCGAGAAGCCCGACGUCAUGGUGGGCGUCAUAUGCGGCUCGCUGCACAUCGCCGACCAGACCAUCGCCAGCGCCAACCAAAAGUUCCAGAACUCUCUCGAGAAGGGUCAAAUUCUGCCGAUGUCGUGUCUGAUCAACUCUGUCGAGGUGGAGCUGAUCCUGGACGGUAUCAAGUACGUGGUGAGCGCCUCACGGACAGGGCCCAACCAGUACUUCCUCGCCCUCAACAACUCCUACAAGGAGAUCGAGGUGCACCGGAUGCGCGACAGCUCCAUGCUGCUCUCCGUCGACGGCAUGAGCUUCAACACCUACAUGAAGGAGGAGGUUGACAGUUACCGGGUGGUGAUUGGAAACCAGACGGUGGUGUUUGAGAAGGAGAACGACCCGACCAUCCUGCGCGCCCCCUCCGCCGGCAAACUGAUGAACUACCUGGUGGAGGACGGCGGCCACGUAGUUGCCGGACAGCCCUACUGCGAAAUAGAGGUGAUGAAGAUGGUGAUGACGCUCCACUCGUCCGUGUCCGGCUCAGUGACCUACAACAAACGGCCCGGCGCAGUGCUCAACGCCGGAAACAUCAUCGCCAGGCUCGAGGUGGACGACCCUAGCCGCGUGACCCGGGCUCGCCGAUUCACUGGCACCUUCCCGGAGGUGAAGCACGACCUGAAGGUGAUUGGGGACCAACUGCACCAGCGCUUCCAGUGCGACAAACAGCGGCUCGAGAACAUCCUCAGCGGCUACUGUCUGCCGGAGCCGGUGUUCCUGAGCCGGGUGAAGGAGACGGUGGAGAGCAUGAUGGCCGCGCUCCGGGACCCGUCACUGCCGCUCCUCGAGCUGCAGGACAUCAUCUCGUCCAUCUCGGGCCGUGUGCCGCCCAUCGUGGAGAAGCGAAUCCGGCAGCUGCUGAACCAGUACUCGUACAACAUCACCUCGGUGCUCACCCAGUUCCCCAGCCAGAAGAUCGCCAACGUCAUCGAUAGUCACGCGGCGACGCUGCAGCGCCGCCAGGACCGCGAGGACUUCUUCCUCACCACCCAGGGCGUGGUGCAGCUGGUGCAGCGCUACCGGAGCGGCAUCCGCGGCCGACUCAAGGCGGUCGUCCAGGACCUGCUGCGGCUCUACCUGCAGGUGGAGAGUCAGUUCCAGGUGGGCUCGUACGACAAGUGCGUCCACCUGCUGGCAGAGAAGCACAAGGACGACAUGGCCGUGGUGGUGCAGACCAUCUUCUCACACUCCAUGGUGGUGCAGAAGAACCAGCUGGUGACGCUGCUGCUCGACUACCUGGUGAAGGCCGACCCGCAGAUGCCCGACGAACUCUCCGGCAUCAUGGAGGAGCUCACCACGCUCAGCCGCACCGAGAAUGCCAAGGUGUCGCUGCGCGCCAGACAGAUGCUGAUCACGGCCCAGCAGCCGGCCUAUGAGCUGCGGCACAACCAGAUGGAGUCCAUCUUCCUCUCGGCCGUCGACUCGUUCGGCCGCGGAUACCAGCCGGAGAAUCUGCAGAACCUGAUCCUCUCCGAGACGAGCAUCUUCGACAUCCUGCACGACUUCUUCUACCACCACAAGACCGCAGUGCGAGUGUCGUCACUCGAGGUGUACGUGCGGCGCGCCUACAUCUCCUACGAUCUGGCGUGCGUGAAACAUUUCGAGCUGCCGACGUCUGCCGGUUUCUCCAUCUGCGUGGUGCUGUUCAGCUUCUUCCUGCCAACGUCUCACCCCAACAGCGCCGACCGUAACCUGAAGCGGCUGAGCGUGUCUCGCGCGGCGCCGUCGGCGUCUCACAGCGCCACCGGCCUGCUGUCGGUGGGUGGCGCCGGCCGGCCUCGCUCGCCGUCGCCCCACUCGCCGGCGACGCUGCAGCGGCCCGUACCGUCGGCCGGCCACGGCGCCCUCUCUAGUAGCAGCUCGCCGGCGCUCAGGCUGAGCGGCAAGCUGGACCAGCCGGGCCACCCGCUGCUGCCGGAGCGCGAGUCGUGUGACCGCGUCGGAUGCAUGGUGGCGUUCCGAAACUUCGAGCAGUUUGAGGCAGGCUUCGAGGACCUCGUGGAAUUGGCUCAGCACACUCAGCUGGGGCCUCAGCCGACCCGCUGGCCUGACGUCAAGGAGGAGCUGAUCCCCGCGUGGCGGGACCGCGGCCAGAGCCGGGACCUUGACUCGGACACUCUGGGCAUGUCCAUGACGCUCGGCAGCUCCCUCACAGAGAUGGCUGAGGUCGGAGAGCCGGAGGACGACCCGAAGCUGAUCCUCAACAUCGCCAUCCGGGUGACGGAGGAAGUGGACGACGAGGCCAUGAACGCCCAGCUGUCGGCGUUCUGCGCACAGCGCCGCACCUUCCUCGUACAGAGCCUGGUGCGCCGUGUGACAUUCGUGGUUUUGUUCGACCACGAGUUCCCGCGCUACUUCACCUACCGGUCGCGGGAUCAGUUCGCCGAGGACCGCAUCUACCGGCACCUGGAGCCGGCGCUGGCCUUCCAGCUGGAGAUGAACCGACUGCGCACGUACGACUUAGAGGCGCUGCCCACCUCCAACCACAAGAUGCACCUCUACCUCGGCAAGGCCAAGGUGGCGGCCGGCCAGGAGGUGACUGACUUCCGUUUCUUCAUCCGCUCCAUCAUCCGCCACUCUGACCUCAUCACCAAGGAGGCCAGCUUCGAGUUCCUGCAGAACGAGGGCGAGCGGCUGCUGCUGGAGUCGAUGGACGAACUCGAGGUGGCCUUCUCACACCCGCUGGCCAGGCGCACCGACUGCAACCACAUCUUCAUGAACUUCGUGCCCACCGUCACUCUGGACCCGGCCAAGGUGGUGGAGUCUGUGCGCCCGAUGGUGAUGCGCUACGGCCCGCGGCUCUGGAAGCUGCGUGUGCUCCAGGCCGAGGUGCGGAUGACGAUCCGCUCGUCGGCCCACUCUCCGACUACCUCGAUACGGCUGUGUCUGAGCAACGAGAACGGGUACUACCUGGACAUAGCGCUGUAUAAGGAGGUCACCGACCCGUCCACUGGACAGGUGAAGUUCGAGGCGCUAGGUGGCAAGCAGGGUCCGCUGCACGGCCUGGCCGUGGACACGCCCUACCUCACCAAGGACUACCUGCAGCUGAAGAGGUUCCAGGCACAGCACAGCGGCACCACAUACGUCUACGACUUCCCUGAAAUGUUCAGACAGGCGCUGGAGAAGCUGUGGUCGAACCACGUGCGUCGUAACCCGGACGUGGUGCCGCCCGAGGACCCGCUGCACCAUCUGGUCGAGCUCAUCAUCGACGACGACAACAACCUGAUCGAGGUCAAACGGCUGCCCGGCGAGAACAAGAUCGGUAUGGUGGCCUGGAAGAUGACGCUGCUGACGCCCGAGUACCCGAGCGGCCGCGAGGUGGUCGUCAUCGCCAACGACCUGACGCACGCAAUCGGCAGCUUCGGCCCAGAGGAGGACGUACUCUUCCUGAAGGCCUCGCAGCUAUCGCGUCAGCAGCGCAUUCCCCGUCUGUACCUGUCGGCCAACAGCGGAGCCCGGAUCGGCAUGGCCGAGGAGAUCAAAAACCUCUUCAGGGUCGCCUGGGAGGACCCCAACGACCCGGAAAAGGGUUUCCGCUACAUCUACCUGACGCCGGACGACUUCCAGAAGGUGUCGGCCUCCAACUCUGUGCACGCCGACCUUGUCGAGGACGACGGGGAGUCCCGCUACAAGAUCAGCCACAUCAUCGGCGAGGUGGACGGUCUGGGUGUGGAGAACCUGCAGUACGCGGCCAUGAUCGCCGGCGAGACGUCCCAGGCGUACCACGAGGUGGUCACCAUGUCGAUGGUUACAUGCCGCGCCAUCGGCAUCGGCGCCUAUCUGGUGCGUCUGGGCCAGCGCGUGGUACAGGUGGACACCAGCCACAUCAUCCUCACCGGAUUCGGCGCGCUCAACAAGUUGCUGGGCAGCGAGGUAUACGCCUCCAACAACCAGCUGGGCGGCGUUCAGAUCAUGUACAAGAACGGCGUCUCGCACGACGUCUGUGGCCAGGACUUUGACGGCAUCUGCACCCUGCUCAAAUGGCUCUCCUACGUGCCCAAGCACAAGGGCGCGCCGCUGCCUGUUCUGCCGAGUCCCGACCCGAUCGACCGACCAGUGACGUUCCAGCCGACCAAGGCGCCCUACGACCCACGCUACCUGCUCACCGGACGGUCCAACCCAGCGAACCCGGCCGAGUGGGAGUCGGGUUUCCUGGACGCCGGCUCGUUCUCCGAGGUGAUGGGCGGAUGGGCGGAGACGGUGGUCUGUGGCAGAGGUCGGCUCGGCGGCCUGCCGCUCGGCGUUAUCGCCGUGGAGACACGGACCGUGGAGGUGACGCUGCCGGCCGACCCGGCCAACCUCGACUCCGAGGCCAAGAAAAUCUCGCAGGCUGGCCAGGUGUGGUUCCCCGACUCUGCCUACAAGACGGCGCAGGGUAUCGAACUCUUCAACAGGGAGGAGCUGCCGCUCAUCAUCUUCGCCAACUGGCGCGGCUUCUCCGGCGGCAUGAAGGACAUGUACGACCAGGUGGUGAAGUUCGGCGCCAUGAUCGUGGACGGUCUGCGCGCCUACCGUCAGCCCAUCAUCGUGUACAUUCCUCCGUACGGCGAGCUGCGCGGCGGCGCCUGGGUGGUGAUCGACGCCGCCAUCAACGACAGAUACAUGGAGAUGUUCGCCGACCCCGACAGCAGAGGUGGCGUGUUGGAGCCGGAGGGCACAGUCGAGAUCAAGUUCAAGACCAAGGACCUCAUCAAGUCGAUGCGCCGGCUGGACAGUGAGCUGCGCACGCUGCUGAACGAGCUGAACCAGCCGGAGACAGCCGGCGAGCGGCGGGCGGAGCUGGAACGCCGGCUGUCGGCCCGGGAGCAGCACCUGCUGCCCGUCUAUCAUCAGGUGGCCGUUCAGUUUGCCGACCUGCACGACACACCGGUGCGUAUGAUGGAGAAGGGCGUCAUCCAGGAGAUGGUUCCUUGGGGCGAGUCACGCCGCCGACUCUACUGGCGGCUCCAGCGCCGGCUGCUCAGUCUGCAGGCGUGCCGACUGGUGGAGCGCUUCCAGCCCACCUCGAGACACCAGCACGUGCUCAGCAAACUGCAGCGCUGGUUCGUCGAGGACAAGGGAACCAUGCAGAGUUACCAGUGGGAUGACGACCAGCUGGUGUCUGAGUGGCUCUCAGAACAGCUGGACACCAACAACGUCUCACACUCGAUGCUGCUCGAGAACAUCCAGUGUCUGGAGCGGGAGGCGGCCAUGGCGCGCGUGAGACAUACAGUACAGGCGCACCCGGAGAUCUCGUCGGAGACGGUGCUGUACCUGAUCCAGCACCUGAGCAAGCCGCAGCGCGCCGAGGUCAUCAAGGCGCUCAGCACGCUGGAGAACACGGCGCCCGCCGCUCCGACCUCCGCCGGUCUGCCGGCCGGCGCCACCGGCAGCGACGUACCCGAGACGGACACGGGAACCAGCUCCGAGUGACACCAGCGCCGUGCCGCGGCCGCCGGCCGAGUUACAGUGUGAUCCGCCGUCAGUAGAUGGCGGGGGUGUCGCUCUCCGUGGGCGCCGCUCAAGGCAGGGUCCGGUGUGUUCGUAGGGUCGGGUGGGGUUGAGCCAGACUCUCGCGCCAUGUCUCGACUACGGGAUCAUCUGUGUCUUAGCUGGAGAGAUGAUUACGUGGGUGGCUAGUUUUAGGGUCUCGCCGCGCCGCGCCGUCAGCCGCCGGUGGUUCCGUACCUGGCUGGCAUGUCAGUGCAAACCGUGGGUCUCAGUGGGGCGGCCUUAGCGCAGUGCGUGUGUCUGUGCUGCUAUGUCGAGCAAUGGGAACUCUGUUUUACUCUGUGUCGCCGACCAGACUCGCCUGGGAUCGGUCAAUGAUUGGUGUUCCGAUUCUCCGAGCCGCCCGGAAGACGGAUCGGCCCAGAAUUCGCCCAGAAUAGGGAGGAUCAGAUGUGUAUUUAUCUUGCUCAGACUCUGGCUUUUGUGGUGUAAGCGGCCUACCUCAGAGCUGCCGGUAACCUGCCGAUCAGCGGAGGCACAUUAGGGUUGCGGAAGGUACGACACCAAAGUAGCAGGAUUUCUAGGGAAAUAUAUAUGUAGAGUUCCAGUGGGCCUAGGAAAACUGCUGAUUAAGCUUUAGAGAGGGAGAUUAACUUACCGCGCCGUUGCCGAUUAUUUAAAUUGUGGUAGUACGAUCGUUCCGGGAUCAGUGAAUCGAACCUAUUUAGUUGUGUUGUAAGAAGCUAAGUUCAAGUGUAUUGGAGUGUCCCGUACUGAUGAUUCUCUGCUAACUCGAACUGCUUGCGAUUGAUUUAGGUGGGCGGUGUUAACUGUGGAAUUAUUGGCGGCGAAAAUCAGUGGGGCAGAUGAGGGCGGCCGGGACCGAUCCCGUCAUGAGCUCAGCACUCGGCAGACGACUGGUACGACUGGUGUCCUUAGUGCUCGGCCACCUGCAGUCUCUGCUCACGCCGUUCAAACGCCGAUAUACAUAUGCUAUACAGAUAAACUCGUUUCAUGUAUUGUCAGCCGCUUGUUUAUUUUUAUCGACAAAUUGCGAUGUGUUUUCUUAGUCGGUAACCAACCUCAAACGCCGUAUUUGAUUCCCGUUGUUCUCCAGCGUUUUCGGUGACUGUGACUCGCCAAUUGAAUGUUCUCCUCGGCUUUGAUUAUCGUGCAAUGUGCUCGUGGUAAUUCUGAUUGGCCUGCAAUGUGCUCGCGGUAGCUGAUUGGCUGACAGUGUGCUCAUGGUAGCUCCGAUUGGCUGACUGUGCUCGCGGUAACUCUGACUCUGCCGGGUCCGGACUGUGAUUGUCGGCCGUGUGUUCGUUUGUCGGGUACGUGGCCCGGCCAGGUAACAGGCGGUCCCGUCGGUCACUGUACCCUGAGCUCGAUACUGCAGCGGUAGGGCCGGGAGAGCCACCCGUGCCGACCGGGCGCGCUCACAGCAAGGAGAUAUAUUUUGAAACGGCGAAUCGUCGGCGAUCGUUCAUGUUGUGUGAAAUAUGCAAGGGUGGCAAUGCGACCAUAGGCCAAUAAAUGUUCAUGUAUGGUA